AUGAAUAUAGUGAAUGAUAGCGUUCAAAAGUUUGGGGUUGAUCUGAUGGAGUCGGUUCUCAGGUGUAUGCAGGCGUGUCGGCGGCUGCUGGUGGUGUUGAGCUCGGAUUGUUUGUGUGAGAAGAGCAUCGGUCAGCUGGAGUGUCGUCUGUGUUUGUACCUGCAUCACGCGUCGCGUGUUCCUGUCAUCACCGUGAGACGAUGCGCGUUUAGCGCCCCCUGCGGCGACAUUGUGCAACUGCGCAACAACUCCACCUCCAUCCACUGGCACGAUGCGCGCUCCGAGCGAAUCAACUCGCGCUUCUGGAAGCUUCUGCGGCUCGCACUGCCUCUGCGACCGCUCGCGCUCGGGAAAAGACUCAUCGAUAGCACUUCCUCCCAUUCGGACCUGGCGUCUUUGGCGACGCGUUACACGCAUGCGCAGACCGUCUCGCUCAGUCGGCGUAGCAAAGUGGGGCGGGGCGGAGUGAGACACCUGGCCGUGCGCGACCGAAGUGGGCGGGGCUGUGAGCAAAAGGGGCGGGGCUGCGCAAUCUGCGUGAGUUUUCAGGAAAGUCGUCGAAUUUGGGGCGGAGUUAUUGCUACUCAGUGGAACACACACCUGCAUCAGCCUGUAGCCAAUGGGACGAUACCUCACGCCACACACAACUCCAACACUGAACCCGGAAGUGACCCCGGCAACGACCUCUGCCCUUGUGAACCAAUCAACAACAACCAGACAAAUGAGCUACAAACCACUCACUGUUGA